GUGCAGCCGCGCAUGCGCUGUUGGAAGCCGAUGCUGUGUGUAGAAAAAUCAUGGCGGAGACGAUGCAGACCGACAGUUUUCCUGUCUUACCUUCGGGACUGGCGGAGGUAGAUAAAAUGAUCCGGGAGCGAGGCGACCUGUUUUCUGACACCCAGUGUAAAGUCUGCAGCGCCGUCCUGAUUUCUCAGUCUCAGAAGUUGACUCAUUAUCAGAGUAAGAAACAUGCCAACAAGGUUCGGCGUUUCCUUUCCCUGGAAAAUGAGAACGGCGAUCCGGUCAAGAAGCCCAAAACCUCCGACGACGAUUGCAACAACGGAGACACGGACCGGCUGAAGGCGUGCCACCUGUGCAACAUGACCUUCACGUCUCCGGUGAUGGCCGAGUCUCACUAUCAGGGCAAAUUUCAUGCCAAGAGGCUGAAAAUGAAAGCUGUUGAAUCCCAGACUCCAGAAGCCUCUCAGAUUUCACAGCCAGCAGAGAAACCUGCCGACAAUCCAGCCGGCGGUUCUGAAACCGACAACAACAACAACCCAGAUCGCUUCUGCUCCACCUGCAAGGCGUCGUUCAACAACCCGCUCAUGGCSCAGCAGCACUACGCCGGCAAGAAGCAUAAAAAACACAUGACCAGGCUAAAGCUGAUGGAGACGUACGGCCCCUCCACCGCACCAGGUCAGACUGCUGCCCGGUUCUGGUUCCCCUCAUUCGUCCUCUGCAGACUCACUGCAUUAAUAUUAGUGGCAUACUACACUAAUGAAGUGUCCAGCGGGAUCCUGACAGCAGCUUCAGAGACCUCCAGACUUUGUGGAGACACACACACUCAUGUUUUACUCGUGGCACACGCCCGCAUGGCGACGCCUAAGAAGAUGGCCACCCAGCAGCGAUCUGCUUGGUUGGCUCUGGUGUCCGACAGGAAGGAGGGGGAGACGUGGCGCCGGCCGGGAAUCGAACCUGCGACCGCCGCCACCAGGACUGAGGCCGUGCUCUUCCCCUGCGCCGCCACACCACCGUAUUUCUGA